CUCAUAAGCUUUGCAAUUUCCUAACUCCAACGACCCAAGAAAAAAAAAAAAAAAAAAAAAAAAAAAAGGAUAGAGCGAACGUUGAUAUAUACAUUGCACCUAUAGCUCAAAUAUCCAUCAAACAUCACAUAUUUUUGGUUUUCCUAACCAAUUGUGUACUUGAUAAAAAAAUGGAGUACUAUGCCAAUGGAAGUAGUAAUGAUCAUACUAGUCAUGAUGAACAAGAUUUUUGCAUUAAGGGCCAUCAACAACAACAACAACAAGAAGAUCCGUUGAAUUGGAACAUGUCAGCAGACGCUCUCAAAGGUAGCCACCUUGAUGAAGUCAAAAAAAUGGUGGAGGAGUUUAGGAAGCCAGUGGUACGACUAGGGGGCGAGACGCUAACGGUGGCUCAGGUGGCCGCCAUAGCUGCACGGUCAAGCGAGGACGUGACCGUGCGGCUAUCAGAGGCGGCCCGGGCCGGAGUCAAGGCUAGUAGUGAUUGGGUGAUGGAAGGGAUGAGAAAUGGGACUGAUAGCUAUGGUGUUACUACUGGUUUUGGUGCAACAUCACAUAGAAGGACCAACAAAGGUGCUGCCCUACAGAAAGAGCUAAUAAGGUUCUUGAAUGCUGGAAUCUUUGGCAAUGGGACAGAGUCUUGCCACACGCUGCCACACUCCACCACGAGGGCGGCAAUGGUAGUGAGGAUCAACACCCUACUUCAAGGCUACUCUGGCAUAAGAUUUGAGAUUUUGGAAGCUAUAACAAAAUUGCUCAACAACAACAUUACCCCGUGUUUGCCCCUCCGUGGCACGAUCACAGCGUCUGGUGACUUGGUACCACUGUCCUACAUUGCGGGGCUUUUAACGGGCCGGGCCAACUCCAAGGCCACCGGGCCUAACGGAGAGUUGUUGGACGCUGUCAAGGCGUUCCAACGGGCCGGUAUUGACACGGGCUUCUUUGAGUUGCAGCCCAAAGAAGGGUUAGCUUUAGUGAAUGGCACUGCUGUUGGCUCUGGCUUGGCCUCAAUGGUUCUUUUUGAUGCCAACGUUCUUGCUAUACUUUCUGAAGUUUUAUCAGCAAUUUUUGCUGAAGUUAUGCAAGGAAAGCCCGAAUUCACGGACCAUUUGACACACAAAUUGAAACAUCAUCCAGGCCAAAUUGAAGCUGCAGCUAUAAUGGAACACAUUUUAGAUGGAAGUUCCUAUGUGAAAGAAGCCAAGAAAAUCCAUGAAAUGGACCCUUUACAAAAGCCUAAACAAGACCGUUACGCGCUUAGGACAUCUCCACAAUGGUUAGGCCCACAAAUCGAGGUGAUUCGAUCGUCAACUAAGAUGAUUGAGAGAGAGAUUAACUCUGUUAAUGACAACCCUUUGAUUGAUGUAUCAAGAAACAAGGCAUUGCAUGGUGGGAAUUUCCAAGGGACACCAAUAGGUGUGUCAAUGGACAACACAAGGCUAGCACUUGCCUCAAUUGGUAAACUCAUGUUUGCACAAUUCUCAGAACUUGUCAAUGACUAUUACAACAACGGGUUGCCUUCGAAUCUCACCGGGGGACGGAAUCCUAGCUUGGAUUAUGGAUUCAAAGGUGCUGAAAUCGCAAUGGCCUCAUACUGUUCCGAGCUCCAAUUUCUUGCAAAUCCAGUGACUAACCAUGUACAAAGUGCUGAACAACACAACCAAGAUGUCAACUCAUUAGGCCUAAUCUCGUCAAGAAAGACAGCAGAGGCAGUUGACAUAUUAAAACUCAUGUCAACCACUUAUUUGGUAGCGCUUUGCCAAGCCAUUGACUUGAGGCAUUUGGAAGAAAAUCUCAAGGCCACAGUGAAAAGUGCAGUGAGUUUAGCAGCCAAGAAAGUGUUGUUCACUGGCCAAAAUGGUGAACUUCACCAAUCAAGAUUCUGUGAGAAAGAUUUGCUCACAAUUGCUGAUAGAGAAUAUGUUUAUGCAUAUGCUGAUGAUUGCUGCAGUGCUAAUUACCCUUUAAUGCAAAAGUUAAGACAAGUCUUGGUGGAUCAUGCAUUGAAGAAUUCUAACACUGAAAUCUUCCAAAAGAUUAGUGCAUUUGAGGAAGAAUUGAGAGUUGUUUUGCCUAAGGAGAUUGAGAGUGUUAGAUGUGAUUUGGAGAAUGGAAAGGCACCUAUUGGUAAUAGGAUUAAAGAAUGCAGGUCAUACCCAUUGUACAAGUUUGUGAGGGAAGAAUUAGGGGCUAACUUUUUGACAGGUGAGAAAGUUCAGUCUCCUGGUGAAGAAUUUGACAAAGUGUUCACAGCUAUGAAUGAAGGGAAGUUGAUAGAUCCAUUGCUUAAUUGCUUGAAGGAAUGGAAUGGUGCUCCUCUUCUACUUCGCUAAGAGAAAAAAGUUAUGUUGCUCGAGCUCUGACUCUUAAGAAAUGCCACUGAGUGCGUGUCGGAUCCUCUAAAAUGAUGCAUUUUUGGAGGAUCCAAUACUAAUGCGAGCAACAUAGGAAAAAAGUGGGGAAAGGCGAUAAAAAGGAUAUUGUCUUCACAGAGUUGGUACAUUACUUGUUAAGUUAUUUUUCUGGUUUUGUGGAACUUUUUUUUAAUGGUUUGUAUGAAUAUUUAAUUUGUGAAUCUUUAAACUUAUUGAUAAUAUUUUGUAUCUUGUUCUUAAGCAACUGUAUUUUAAAUUUUUGUGGCUUCCUUCAAGAAGAAAAUGUUGUAUAGAGAUUAAGAAAAUCGACUUCAACAAGUUAAAUAUCUUUCAUUGUCCCC